UCUUCAUCUUCAUCAACCCAAAACCAUAACCAUAAACCAAAACCUAAAAAACACCCUUCAUUUCUUUUUCAUCCUUUUGUCUUCUCACUUACUUAAGUCCCCCCCUUCUUUUUUUUCUUCCUUCUUAUUAACCUUUUUCCUAGGAAUAAAGAUGGUUCCUUUUUUUGUAUGAAAUCAUCUUGACCCUAAAUCUAAUCAUCUACUAACUCUUGACUAAAAAAAAAAGAUAAAAAAAAGAGUGUUAGAUGUUUCAGCCAUGGACUUAACCAACAACACAACCAUUACUACUACUACUACUACAACAGUGAAAACCCCAGAAGCUGAAAUUGAAACCCCAACUCAGAUCCAAAAACUGAAACCCUUUCCUUUUAGUAAUGGUGUUCUUAAAAGGAAGAGUUCCUUUCACCAUCAUCCUCAUCACCCUGUUGUGGUUAUUUACAGAGAGUGUCUCAAAAAUCAUGCUGCUAGUUUAGGGGGUCAUGCUGUUGAUGGGUGUGGAGAAUUUUUACCUUCUCCUACAGCUAACCCAUCUGACCCAACUUCACUAAAAUGUGCUGCUUGUGGGUGUCACCGUAAUUUUCACCGUCGUGAACCGGAAGAACCGGUUGUAAUCCCACCGCAACCUAUUUCCACCGCGGUGCUUGAGUAUCAACCUCACCAUCGUCACCAUCCUCCUCCUCCACCUCUGCAAGUUCCAUGUGGGGACCAUAGUAGUCCGAAUUCUCCAUCUCCACCGCCGAUUUCGUCGGCUUAUUACCCAGCUUCUGCACCUCAUAUGCUUUUGGCACUCAGUGCUGGGUUUUCUGGGGAGAAAAAUCAGAACCCGACAUCAGCUCCGUUAGCUAAUUCGAACGGGAGGAAGCGUUUCAGAACGAAAUUCACUACAGAUCAGAAGGUGAAAAUGCUGGAAUUCGCUGAAAGAGUUGGGUGGAAAAUGCAGAAGAGCGAUGAAGAUCUGGUGAGCAAUUUCUGUAACGAAAUUGGAGUUGAAAAAGGGGUUCUUAAAGUAUGGAUGCACAAUAACAAAAACACUUUCGGGAAGAAAUCAGAUCAACCCAACUCCGGCACCGGCGACGGUGACAACGACAACGAUAACGACGACAACCACCACCAGAAUGGUAACACUAACAGCGUUAAUGGUUUUUGUAUUGUUAGUAGAAAUAACAACACCGAUUCAGAAUUUCAACAACAUAUCCAGCAACAUCAGCAUGAAAAUAACAACAGUGACAACAAAAAAGGCAUAAUCCACCAUCUUCACACAAGUGAUAGUGUUGUUGCUACUAAUGGGUCUUCUUCAUCUUGAUCUAAUUAGAUAUGAAUGACCCAAAAAAAAUAUGCACAAAUAAAGUUUUAACUAGAAUUAGUGCAAGAAAGAGAAAAACUCCGAGGCUGAUUACUAUUAAUCACGUUUAUUUUUAUUUUUUUCUUCCAAUUAGAACUGUUUUA